UCUCCUGUAGUAUAAUGUGCAUAGAUAUUCAUGUAUAAUAUAGAGAAAAAAAAAAGAUUUUUCUCUGCAAACGGACGAUUUUUCUCUGCAAACGGACUAGGCGAUGAAAACGGCGAUCUAGGGCUCUCGAUGGUAUCGCAACGAUGGGAUCCGGGGAUCGGUGAGGCUGUUGGGUUGGAAGUAAAUCGGGCUUACGAAGGGGGCUCUAGAGAAAGGAAACAACGGGUACGACUAAAUUGUUGGGAGGGGUGGUUUGAUCCAAAAGAAGGAAAGGGGAUCCUUGGGAGGCUGAGGAAAUCUUCAAUAUCAUUACAGUGGAUUACAAUUGGGGUCACCAUCAAGACAAAAUCGAAAAUCAACCAAGGUAUUAUUUCCGUUUUCUCCAUUCGUAUCUGGACAAGGGAGAUCGGAGAGAUUCGAGUCCAUUUGUAUGUGACUCGGAAAGGGUUAUUAGAGUGGUGGUCGUCAUGGAGGUGGUGCCAAAAAGAUGGAGGAGAAGGGUACUUCAAAUCCGAAAGGGGGACAGCAGAAACUUUAAUUUUAUGGAUAUCAUCUUCUCAAUAUUCAGUAAGCAGGUCCUGGGUUUGGCGUUAGUUCUUUAUAGCCUUUGGUUUUUCAUAAGCUUCAUGCGCAUGUGUACUCACGUUGGGUCUAAGGUCUUGUUGGUUUUAUCAUAUCUGUUUGCAUGUUUUUCUGCAAUGCUUAAUUUCAAGUUAUAUCAAAGGAAUAAAAAUGGAUUCUUUUAUUAUUGGUACUGGUGGUUCUCAGUGAUUCUUAUUAGCGUUUCCACUCAUGUUUAUUCUGAGCUUUUUGGUAUUUUGGAUAAGGGUUGGACUGUAUUUGUGAUCAAAAAGGUUUAUUGGUUAUGGUGGACACUGUUUAUGGCUUUGGUUGGAGAUCAAUGGCUGUGUUGGGUCUCUUUAAACCACACACGGACCAUGUUUCUGGUCUCUGUGUUUUUUUGGCUGUUGGAUGGCCUUCUUUUGCUUCAUUGUAUUGACCAUGAGAAAUGGUAUUGGAAUAAAAUAACUGGAUGGAGGUUUUUUAUUAUGGCAGCAAAGGUAGUAGGAUUAAAUCACAGUUUUGGCAGGAUGGUUUUAAAUUGGUUUAUGGUUGGUGACUGGUAUCGAUGGAAUAUAUGGACAAGAGAGGCAUAUGGUACACAACAAAUAAGGUAUGUCCUUUGGAUUUUAAAAUUGAUAAAACUGAGUUGUGAUGGGGUACAAAGAGAUCAUUUGGAAGCAACAGAGGACAAACGAUGGAAUAUAAUAAACUCGAAUGAUCUACUAAGCCUGGUGUCUUGGUGUUUUGCAUAUGUUAAUGGUAGUGUGGAUAUGAGUCAUACGAAUCACAAAGUGACCGUUGAACCAGUUGAGAAUGGGGGUUUUCUUAAACGCAUAGGACAUAUGAUUCAGGACCGGUUUGGACCAGGAGAUAUGAAGUAUGGUCUGAAUUUAAUUUUCAUGGAAACAAAAAGUGUGCAACGAUGGCAUUGGCGUAAGGGACAAAAAAUGAGGUAUUUGGCUUUCAGAAUGGAAAUUAAUAGGGGUUCAUUAUCUCCACAAUUCUCAGCUAGGUGGAGCUUCAUUUUAUUUUAUUUUUUAUGAAAGUACUAAGCUGGAAUUGCCGUGGUGCGGGAAGUAAAUGGACUAUAAGUUAUCUUCGGGAAAUUUGGCAAAAAUAUAAACCGGAUUUUCUAUUUUUGUCUGAAACAAGGCAAGAUUUUGAGUUUAUGAAUGGGUUUCAAUCACAUUUUGGUUAUGAUAAUUUGGUCACUGUGGAUCCGAUCGGAAGAAGUGGUGGUUUAGCCCUCUAUUAUAAUAAUGAGUUUCAGGUCAAGAUUCUAUAUUCUAGUAAUCGGAUGAUUGAUGUGGAGGCAGUGGUAAAAGGGAAGAUAGUUUUUCUAACUUUUGUAUAUGGUGAUCCUGUCCAAAAGCUACGAGAACAAGUUUGGGAAAAGCUGACUAGAUAUGGGUUAGCACGAAAUGAUCCCUGGUUUAUUAUUUGAGACUUGAAUGAUAUUACUGGAAACCAUGAAAAAGAGGGAGGUACUUUGCGGAGUCCUGACUCUUUUGUUCCUUUUAAUAAUAUGAUACGAAAUUGUGGAUUACUUGAAUUUCCGGCUAGGGGGAACAAAAUGUCAUGGCAAGGAAGAAGAGGUAAAGGUAAAGGAGCGAUGACAAUUAGAUGUAGAUUGGAUCGGGCUCUAGCGAAUGAAGAUUGGCAUACACUCUUCCCAGUUUCUUAUACGGAAUAUUUAGGGAUGGUCGGGUCAGAUCAUCGGCCGGUGGUGGCAUUUCUUGACGACAAAAUUCAAAGAAGGAAGGGACAAUUCCGUUUUGAUAAAAGGUGGAUAGGUCAAGAUGGGCUCAUGGAAUCCAUCACUAUGGGAUGGAAGGAAAAUGAUGGAGAUGAUGCGGUGGAUAUUGUCACCAAAAUAAGCAACUGUCGUCACGAGGUAGCUAAAUGGCGAAAGAAUAACCCACCAUAUGGAAAGGAUAAAAUAGCAGAUCUUUAGAAGGCUUUAGAUGAGGUUCAAACGGAUGAUAAUAGGUCUCAUGAAGAGAUAAUGGAGAUUUCUAAAAAAUUGCAAGAUGCAUAUAAGGAUGAGGAGGAGUAUUGGCAACAGAAAAGUAGGAAUACAUGGAACACGGCUGGAGAUCGUAGUACUAAAUUUUAUCAUUCUCUAACCAAGCAACGUCGGGUUCGAAAUAGGAUUGUAGGACUUUAUGAUGAAGGGGGAAAUUGGAUCACAGAGGAGCAAGGUAACGAGAAGGUUGCUGUAGACUAUUUUGAGGGUUUGUUUACCACCACCUCUCCAUCAUAGUUCGAGGAUUUUCUUGAGGAGAUUACACCAAGUAUUACUUGUCAGACGAACCAAAUGCUGAUAAAAUUGGCGACAGAGGAGGUUAGACAGGCUUUGUUUAUGAUGCAUCCUGAGAAGGCACCCGGGCCAGAUGGAAUGACUGCUUUGUUUUUCCAACACUCUUGGCAUAUAAUAAAGAAAGAUUUAGUGGAUAUGGUAAAUAAUUUCUUGGUCUCAGGAGAAAUGGAUUCCAGGCUUAAUAUUACUAACAUUUGCAUGAUACCAAAGAAGGAAAGACCAACAAGGAUGACAGAGAUAAGACCAAUCAGCUUAUGUAAUGUUGGGUAUAAGAUCAUAUCGAAAGUUUUAUGUCAGAGACUGAAGCGUUGUCUCCCAACACUGAUAUCAGAGACACAAUCCGCAUUUGUGGUAGGAAGGUUGAUCUCGGAUAAUAUUCUCAUUGCUCAGGAAAUGUUUCAUGGACUGCGAACUAACAAAGCAUGCCAAGGAAAGUUUAUGGCAAUCAAAACGGAUAUGAGUAAAGCGUAUGAUAGGGUUGAAUGGGAUUUUAUUCAAGCUCUUCUGUAUAGAAUGGGCUUUGAUUCGCACUGGAUAAAAUUGAUGAUGGGAUGUAUAUCUUCGGUGCAGUAUCAGGUUUUAUUAAAUUGACAACCUCGAGGUCUCAUUACUCCCCACAGAGGUUUACGCCAAGGGGAUCUGUUAUCGCCUUAUUUAUUUAUUAUGUGUACUGAAGCUUUGAUUGCUAAUAUAAAGAAGGCUGAAAGAGUGAAACAACUCACCGGAAUGAAGGUGGCUAGGGCAUGUCCAUCUAUAUCUCAUUUGCUUUUCGCAGAUGAUAGUCUUUUCUUCUGCAAGGCCCAGAAGGAAGAAUGUCAAACCAUUCUUAGGAUUCUAAAGGAAUAUGAAGCGGUUUCUGGUCAACAAAUAAACUUCGAAAAAUCAUCAAUUCAAUUUGGUCACAAAAUUGAGGAAGCUAGCAGGCAGGAGUUACGAGAUAUCUUGGGUAUUCAGAAUCUGGGUGGAAUGGGAUCUUACUUGGGAUUAACAGAGAAUAUUGGAGGGUCUAAAAUACAAGUCUUUGGAUUCAUUCAGGAGCGCUUAAAUAGUAGAGUAAAUGGUUGGACUUUUAAGUUUUUUACUAAGGGUGGCAAAGAGGUGAUCAUUAAAUCAGUGGUAACGGCAUUGCCAAAUCAUGUGAUGUCUUGUUUUAGACUACCAAAAGCGAAUGAAAAGAAACUAACGAGUGCAGUGGCCCAAUUUUGGUGGAGCCCCGGUGGAAAUACUAAAGGUAUGCAUUGGAAAUCUUGGGACAAACUAGUCCUAAGUAAGGAAGAAGGAGGAUUGGGAUUCAAAGAUUUUAUGGAUUUCAAUACGGCUAUGCUUGGUAAGCAGUUAUGGCGAUUGAUAGAGAAACCUAAUACUUUAUUUUCAAGAGUAUUUAAAGGACGGUACUUUAGGAAUGCUUCACCCCUAGAACCGAUCCGUUCAUAUUCCCCGUCGUUUGGCUGGAGGAGUAUAAUUUCAGCUAGAUCUCUGGUUAGCAAAUGACUAAUUAAAAGGGUGGGUACAGGACCUUCUAUCUCAGUAUGGAACGAUCCCUGGAUCCCAUCCACUCGCCCGAGACCAGCAAACAAAAAUCUUCAUGUUACUUACCCGGAUUUGACAGUUGAUUCCCUCAUUGAUUCAACUUCAAGAACGUGGAAUUCACAGGCACUAAGGAAUUUUGUGGACCCCCAGGACAUCAAAAUUAUUGAAAGUAUACCUCUGAGUAAAGCUCAAUUGAGUGAUAGGGAUGGAUGGCAUUUUACCAACAAUGGAAAAUAUACGGUGAAAUCAGGAUAUCAAGUGGAGAGAGUUUAUCCUGAUAACGAGAAACCAUUGACACUGGUUGGCCCUACAGUUGAUAUUCUGAAAGCAUACUGCUGGAAAGUAAAAUGUCCUCCAAAAAUGAAGCAUUUCUUGUGGCAAUUGGUAUCAGGUUGCAUAGCGGUAAAGAAGAAUUUGCAAGCAAGAGGGCUAAAAGGAGAUAUAUGAUGUGAUAAAUGUGGCGCUCCCGAGGGAACUAUAAAUCAUGUGUUUUUUGAGCGUCCACCGGCGCGUCAGGUAUGGGCUCUUUCACAGAUUCCAUCCAGUUCAACUAUCUUCCCCUAUCAAUCUCUAUUUGCAAAUAUGAAUUAUUUAUUUUGGAGAAUUGAACCUAAACUGGAAAUUCAUCAGUUUGCUUGGAUACUAUAGUACAUUUGGAAAGGCAGGAAUUUGAAGGUUUUCAGUAAUCUUGAUGUUGACCCGAGGGAUACGUUGAAAUUGGCUGAGACAGAAUCUGUAUUAUGGAAUGAUGCACAGAUUGUGAUUCCACAGGUUCAGGUACGACAGAUCGCCGGAAAUAACCCUGGAACACGAGAAGGGAGAUGGUGUUUUAUAGAUGGUUCAUGGAAGGAUAAAGAUAAUUUUUCCGGACAAGGUUGGUAUAGUUCUUUGGAAGGAUUUGAUAGCCUGAUGGGGGCCCGAAAUGUUAGAGCGAGUCAAUCCCCACUUCACUCAGAAGUGGAAGCGCUAAUAUGGGCUAUGGAAUGUAUGAGAAAUUUACGUCAGUUCAGGGUUACGUUUGCAACGGAUUGUUCCCAAUUGGUAAAGAUGGUUUCGGAACCAAAAGAAUGGCCAGCUUUUGCAAGUUAUCUAGAAGACAUAAAGACCCUAAAAGACGUCCUCAUCAACUCAGAGAUUAUUCAUGUACCACGAACACAGAAUUGCAGGCGGAUCGACUAGCACGCAGUGCCAAGAUGCAACCGUCUUUUGUCGUUUACAUGGACUCAGAGUUACCGGCUUGGACUUCCGAGUCAAGAAGAGAGUUUUGUUUCUGUUGAUGACAAAAAAAAAAUAUAUAUAUGUUUCUGAAUUCGGAAUUCUUAAAGAUUCAAUCAGUUUUCGUGCUUAGUCCUUCAAUAAAAAAGUUUGUGAAAUUUGUACAAAUCAAUGGAUGAAGAAAGAAACUAACAAUGAAUCCAUCAAAAUGUUUGUGAAGUUACUUUUUUUUUUAGAAUCAACGAUUGUUUGUACUUAUGGAAAAAAAUUUAACCUCAGGAAAGAGCGGACGGAGAUCAGCAGGAUAAGUAAGCAUGGUUAAGAGGAAUGAUUUUUAUACACUGGUUAAUUAUAUUGUAUAAUGUAUAAUCAAUACUAUACUAAAAGGCUAAUAUAAGCCAUGGAGAAGCUGUCCACGUCGGCAGAUUAAAUCGACCAAUAGGAGAAGAGCUUUGCGCCACGUCAGAUGUCACUUAGAUCAGCUGGGCUUCAAUCGCAGUUUCGUCCAAGCCCAGUAGCUCAUCUCACGAUCAUUUCCUCUUUCUGCGAUGAACAAAUCCUAUCAUCGUAAACAAUUGUCGAUUGGGUUCCUUUCACCUCUUAGCUUCCCCUCUGUAACGUUAAAAAUGUGACUAAUAAAAAACGCCGCAAUUCUCGAGUUCGCUGUUGUGGAAAAGGAUUUGAUGGGUACAUAUCUGUUUAUCUUCUUAAUUCAUUGACUCCGAUGAUUUUUAAAAUCUCCCUCUUUCGUUUAUGGAUUUUUUUUAUCUUUCUUUUGUUUGGUUUCUGCCAUAAGUCUUAUAGGCUAAAUCUGUUAUGGUGUUGUUUCCUUUGUUUGGUUACUGCAAUAAUCUG